AUUUAUGGGCCGAGGAACAGCGGAGCAAGCGUUUGCAAGCUCAACCCUCAAAUCUCAAGGUCCCAAGGACAUCUCGCCUGAGGCAGUAACAUGUCUGCCCCCGCUACUAGUCGUGUUUGGUUCAUUACUGGUACGUCCAAAGGCCUGGGACGGGCCUUACUCGAGGAGGUCCUGCGCCGAGGCGAGCGUGUCGUCGCCACGCUGCGCCGGCGAGAGGUCCUAGAACCACUCGCCCGGCGGUACCCGCCGGCCCAGCUUCUCGUCCUCCGCUUGGACGUCUCUAGCCACGCGGAGAUCAAACAAGCGUUCCGGGCGACAGAGGAGCACUUUGGCCGGCUCGAUGUGGUGGUGAACAAUGCGGGGUACGCUGUGGAGGGCGAGAUUGAAGCUGUUCCGGACGAUGUGGCGCGUGAGCAGAUGGAGGUUGCCUUUUGGGGCCCGGCGAACAUCGUGAAAGAGUCCAUACGGUUCUUCAGGAAUGUGAACCCUCCCGGGCAAGGCGGCCGUGUUCUGAAUAUAACUUCGGUUUGUGGGUAUUCGAGUAAUCCCACUCUAUCGUACUACUGCGCGGCCAAAUUCGCCCUGGAAGCUUUCACGGAGUCGUUCAUCAAGGAGAUGUUGCCCGAAUGGAACAUCAAGGGCGUCAUCGUCGAGCCGGGAGGCUUCCGGACUGACUGGAACGCAGCGUCCCUCGUCCGAAUCCCUGCCCCUCCGCAGUACGACUCGCCUGACUCGCCGACCGUGCAGUUCAGAAAAAUGAUUGCGCAGACGUACAUUGGGGAUCCGGCAAAAGCGGCAAAGGCGCUCGUGCAGAUAGCGGACAUGGAUGAGCUGCCGCUGCGGAUCCAGCUGGGCACGGAGUGUCUACUGGUGGUGAGGAACAAGGCGAUGAAGACAAUUCAGGACGGAGAAAAUCACGCUGAGUUGGCGCACUCAACGAACAUGGACGGGGUCGACAAGGAUGCCGUGCUUGCGAUGUUCAAGGAAAUUGAUACGUGAUGCAGUUUGUGUAUUCCUCCUGUCAUUUGUGUUAGACUCCAUACGGGUCAAUGGAGCGAGUACUACUUACCAGGCAGCCAUCGCCUACAGUAAGGUUACUUAGCUACACUCAAGCGCAAGUGCCACGAGCACGCCCCGAUACGCG